AUGACAUAUGAACUCACAACAAUUGAUGACACUUUUGCUAAAGGCAUAUGCCUUCAUACAGCUACACUGAUAGAUGAUAAAUUAUACAUUUUAGGUGGAGGAAAUGAAGCUAUUCCAGCACAUGUUGCUGCUGCUGGCGGUGCAAAUAAUAAAACCUUAUUUUUGUAUGGAGGAAUUCCUUAUAAUGAUGAAGCCAUGUCUUUAGUUUAUGCAUUUGAUACUCGAAGUAAUUCAUGGGCUCCAGAAAUUUCUAGUGUUAGUAUUAUUAGAAAAUAUAACUUAAAAGGCAUCGUUGGUUACUAUGGUAAAAUGUAUUUGUUUGGUGGAGAAUCGAAUAAAAUUCCUGUAAAUGAUAUGCUUAUUUUAGAUAUAAUUAAUUUAAAUUGGGAAAUAGGAAGUUCAAUUAAUGCACCUUCUCCAAGAAGUGUUUAUGGUGCAACUUUGUUCUCCGAUCAUUUCAUUAUUUAUAUGGGUAUAGAUGGACAAAUAAUAAUUUUUGGAGGAGCAAAUAAUCUCGUAAAUCUUCAACCUCAAAAUUCGCUUUACGUGUUAAAUUUAAUAAAUUAUGAAUGGUAUAUUCCAAAAAUUUCUGGAAAAGUUCCGGCUCCCAGACGUUGGCAUGAAGCAAUCGUAAUUGGAAAAUAUAUGGUUGUAUCAUUUGUUGGUCGAGUUACUAAGACUCUAAUAAUGAAAUUAUUGGAAAACAAAUUUUAUAAUGGCGUUUCUGUUCCAUUAAUAUUAAAAAUGUCACGUGAUUCUAAUAAUUAUACGUUGUUUUUAUAUGUGGGAAAUUAUGAUGGGAUAGAUAUGAAAUUGUUUUAUGCUUUUGAUACAUGGAGUGUUCCUAAAAUAGCUAAUGGGAUAAUGUCAAGAGAACACCUAAUUCAAAGAGGAGAUAAAUUAUAUGUAUAUAUUAUAAUUAUUGAAAAUUUAACAAACAACAAAUGCUUGGGUAUACCAAAAAGAAUUUUAUCCAUAGGAAUGCUUUCUGAAAGUUAUCCAAUAUUAAAAUCAUCAAUAGCUAGCCUAUGUACUCCAAUUAUCAUUAAUCGUAUCAUAAUUUUUCUACAAUUCUUG